UACAUAAUUUCGCGGUCACACUGGACAAGACGUGCACGAUUAAAAAAUUCAUGAAAAAAUCGCCCACAAAAUUGUAAAGUGCAUCAAAAGUGCAUCCAAGUGCAUUUCAAAGGUGUUUGACUAAAAUGUGAUUGAAAGGAGUGGACGACAGAGCCGCAUAACGUUAAAAAUGCCCAUAGAAAUAGCGUGUGGUCAGCGAAUUUGCUGCGAACUCAGCAGCAUACAUACAUAGUCUAUAGAUAGUGGCGUGUGUCCCGAGACCAGACCCUGGAGUGCAUCCAAAGAGGAAGUAUAGUUAUAGUGUGUGCUCGAGUGCCUGCCAACCGACCAGCAAAUCGAAUCGCCAAAACCCUCGACCUGAAAACUCUGUGCCAAAAUAAAUCAACAUCCUCACCGUAAACCUAACCACAGUGAUCACUCGAGCCAGCGCGCAUGCUACAGUUACGUAUACACUGUACCGUACCGUGUGUGUUGUAAACAAGUUAGAGGGCGAUAACGCUUAACAAUGUCCAAAUACGAAUUAGUGCUUUAUCUAGCGGCGCAGCUUUUACUGGCCUGCUGCUGUAUGCCCCAUGGCAUCCACGGAUCCAUCCUGCCCGAGGGACACCACAACAUAAACUGCGAGCACUACGAUGAGAAGAUGUGCAAUACGGAGCAGGACUGCACCGUCCGCAUCGAGCGUUGCCAGGUGGAGACGGACAAGUUACCCAGCUGCUAUGUGCUGUGGUCCGCCAACGAGGAGACGGGCGCCAUGAAAAUCAAAAUGAAGGGCUGCUUCACCGACAUGCACGAAUGCAAUCAGACGGAGUGCGUGACCAGCGCCGAGCCCAGGCAGGGCAACAUGCACUUUUGCUGUUGCAAGGGAUCGCUGUGCAACUCGGACCAGAAGUGGAUACCCACGACGACAGAGGCAACAACGCAAGUGCCCAAGGAGAAAACACAGGAUGGAAGCGAUUUAAUAUACAUUUACGUUGGCACCUCCGUGUUUACCGUCCUCAUGGUCAUACUGGGCAUGGGACUGCUCCUCUAUCGCCGACGCAAACAGGCGCACUUCAAUGAGAUACCCACGCAUGAAGCGGAAAUCACCAACUCCUCGCCGCUCCUCAGCAAUCGUCCCAUCCAGCUGCUGGAGCAGAAGGCCAGCGGUCGAUUUGGCGACGUUUGGCAAGGCAAACUGCAUGCCCAGGAUGUGGCCGUGAAAAUCUUUCGCAUGCAGGAGAAGGAAUCGUUUACCACAGAGAAUGAAAUCUACAAGCUGCCCCGCAUGCGACACCCCAACAUUCUGGAGUUCCUGGGCGUGGAGAAGCACAUGGAUAAGCCGGAGUAUUGGCUGAUUUCCACCUAUCAGCACAAUGGAUCGCUCUGCGACUAUCUCAAGUCACACACCAUCACCUGGCUGGAGUUGUGCCGCAUUGCCGAGUCGAUGGCUAAUGGUUUGGCGCAUUUACAUGAGGAGAUUCCCGCCUCGAAGGCCGAUGGCCUGAAGCCAUCCAUAGCGCAUCGCGACUUCAAGUCCAAGAACGUUCUGCUCAAGGGGGAUCUGACGGCGUGCAUUGCCGACUUCGGCCUGGCCAUGAUCUUCCAGCCCGGCAAGCCUUGCGGCGAUACUCACGGUCAGGUGGGCACGCGCCGCUACAUGGCGCCCGAGGUGCUCGAGGGAGCCAUAAAUUUCAACAGAGACGCCUUCCUGCGCAUCGAUGUCUAUGCUUGUGGCCUGGUCUUGUGGGAGAUGGUGUCUCGUUGCGACAUUGUGGGGCCAGUGGGCGAGUUUCAGCUACCGUUCGAGGCCGAACUCGGUCAGCGUCCCACCCUGGACGAGGUGCAGGAGAGCGUGGUGAUGAAGAAGCUGCGCCCACGUUUGCUCAACUCUUGGCGCGAACAUCCGGGUCUAAGUGUGUUCUGCGACACCAUGGAGGAGUGCUGGGAUCACGACGCUGAGGCUCGUCUCAGCUCGUCGUGCGUGAUGGAGCGCUUCUCGCAAAUAAACAAAUAUCCCUCGACACAGCUGCUCAUUAAGAAUCACGUCAACAUUGAUGAUGCCAAGGAGUCGACGAACUGCUUAUAGAAGCGGUACUAAGUCGCAGCCUCGAGGGCAGGGCUGUGACUUGCCGCCAACCACGAAUCAAACGAGAGCCUUUCUCUCAGCAGUCGUUAGUUGAUAGUUUGAUAAUUAGGUGCGGCAUCAUGUUUCGUUUAUAGAUUUCUAGUUUUGUAACAUCAUCAUCAGCAGAUAUCACACACUCACGCUCACCCACACACAGCCAUGAUCUUGCAGCCGUUAAAAGUGAGCUAAGACAAAAAAACAAAUUGUAAACUAAGCUAAAACAGAACAAAGCAGUGCGUUAGUCGUUUGCUACUUGCAUAGUAGAUGUGUUAGUAACUCAUCCCACAUUGACUUCAUUGACUGAUAACCGUACAUACACUUAUAUAUACAUAUACAUAUAUAUGCAUACAGUACAUACACGUAACGUAGCUUUUUGUUUAUCAUUUAGAAAGUAAUUUGUUGAAAUUAUUGUCGCGCCAAGCAGCCUCUUUAUUGUUUCAUCAGCGAAUGUCUCUUACCCGUUAGUUUUACUGUUUAUUUCUAUUAAUAAUUUUAAUUUUAUAAAUUUAAUUUUUAUUCUGUAUGUAGUUUUAGUGUUUUUAUUUGCCGCACACUACCGUUUUGACUUCAAUGUGCGUGUGUCUUUCGAUGUUGUAUUUUAAAUAAACGAAAAAUUACUUUUUAGCUGCUCCCUU